CAAGUAGUCAGUUAGCCUAUCAAAUUCCGAAUUGGUAGAUUGUCGAUUUUUGUUGAGGCUUGGACUGCGGCGUUGUUUUGUUUGUGUCUGCCCGUACAGUGUACUUCUUAUAGGUCUCGGUAGUGUAUUAUUUUCUUAUGGUAUCGUUAUAACAUGAAUCCACAACCCCUGUAUUAACAUUUAACCGCUUGUGUUUACUGUUUAUUAUUUAUCGUUAAUCGUUACAGUCACUCCUCAACGGAUACGGGUUUGUUUGACUGUAGGCAGAUCUGCCUUCAUAGUUCAUUUAACAACAACCCUUGUUGAAAUCGAGUUGUUUCCGAACUGCAGUUGUCGCGAUGACGCCCAUUGUAGUGAACCCUGAACUAUGCCGUAUAUGUUUAACCGAUAAUGAUAAACUAAUAAACGUGUUUGAAAAUGGGAUGGUAAAUCGAAAUUUGGCUUAUGAAGUGUCUUACUAUUACCAAGUUAAAAUAAAUGGAGAUGAUGGAAGAUCUAAAAUGUUAUGCAAGAAUUGCAUACAACAUAUUGAUGUAUGGCGUGAGCAAUUGAAAAAAGCAACAGAUGCACAGAUGAUCAUAGAUUUUCUAGCUGCAAAGGCGAACAAUUCUUCUCAUAAUGAAAAUCAUCAGUAUUUAACUUCCAACAUUAAACUUGAUAUAAAUACAUGUGGGUUAGAAACCAGUAGGUCGCUAGAACAAAAACUUCUUGAACUCGAAUCAAAAUCAUCAACUAGUUCUAGAAUUCAUAAACUACGAAAUUCUUGUCCUGUUUGCAUGAAUGUUAAUAAUACAAAUUUACAGUAUGCUACUCAUAAUUUAUGCAGCAAACAUUCAAACACAGUUAGUACUUGUCUUGUGCCAAAUUGUUACUACAUAUUUAGUACCAUUGAACUUUUUAUAAAACACUAUAGACAUCAUUUAAAUCUUCAAAAACAAACCUAUUUGUGUCGUAAAUGUUAUGCGAUCUUAGAUUGCCCAAGAUCCAACAUAAAAUCAAACCACAAAUGUCAAGAUGUAUCAAAAUUGUUGGUUUGCUGCUCAAUUAAUUUUCCUAUAAUGUCCAACUUUGUUUUACAUAAGUUACAAAACCAUUCUGGAAAGAUGAUUCGUAGUCUUGCCCAAUACAAGCAACUGGGCCUAGAUUUUAAUCUCCCCAGUCCUUCAAAGACUAAGUUUUCUAAUGAAUAUUCAAAGAAUGACUUAUUUACGUGUCUAGUAUCUAAGUGUGAUAAGGUAUUUACUACAAAAUCAACUAACGUUCGUCAUUACAUACAGCAUGCUAGUAUACCAGAUGAAUUUGUAACUUGUGCCAAAUGUUUGCACUCAUGCUUAAAAACUCAAUAUGUAAAUCAUGGUAUGCAUAGUUCACCUCCAAUAAUCUGUAAUGUAUGUGCGCUUAAUUUCAAAACUCUACACGACUUGGCAGAACACAAGCUUACUACUCACGGUUCACUCAUUCUUUGUCAACCAAGUCAACUUCCUGGAUGUCCAGUUUGUAAUGUAGAAUUUGAACGAAACGAAGACACAAAAGCACACUACUUGAAAUGCUUCACAAAAAAUAAUGAAGAACCAACUAAAAAAUCGGUGGUUAAUACCAACGUACAAGAAAGCAGCCCUAUGCCUCGUAAAGUGCUGAACGAAAAACAUUUAAGCAGUUACAAAUGCAAAAUUUGUGGUCAUUCUUGUUUCAAAGCUGUGGAAUACAUAGAACACGCUAAAAAAGAACACAAAAUGUAUAUAGAGUUGAAAGAAAAAGGUAUAAAAUUGUGCCCUUUGUGUGAUCAAAACUUCAUGUUGAAUAAAUUUAGUGCCCAUGUUGAACAAUGUACCUACAGUAUGAAAAUUGGUGACAUGCCUGCAAAUUGUUUCAAAUGUAAAUACUGUAAUGUCCAUUUUGAUAAUGUAAGUCCAAGUCAAUUUCGCAGUCAUGUAUUAUUUUGUAAAUCGUUUGAAGAGAGAACUGAAAAUGACAUCAAGUAUAAAUUUUGUAUCAACUGUACUUUCAGAUCUCAAGAUAUAGAAUCUUGCAUAAGUCACGCAACACAGUUUUGCAUAUAUUUUCAGUUAAAAAUACAUUAUGCUAUGGGACCAGAUGAGAAGAUUAAAGUAGAGAAUCGAGACGAAAACCAGCAAGUUGAUAAAAUAAAUUUAGAACGUAAGGAUGAUAUUUCAUUUGUCAAUGGAAUGUUAUUGUGCAAGAAUUGUUCUCUAAAGUUUGUAUCUUACAAAGAAGCUAUCGAACAUAACAAGAAUUGUUUAAGAUUGUCUUUAGAUCCUAUUCCAUCUCUCGAUUUGACUAAAACUACUAAAGAGACAAAUUUCUUAUGUGUACAAUGCAAAAUAAAAUUUACCGACAUAACCUUAUAUCAUAACCAUUGUGCUAAACAUAGUGCAAAGCCAAACAUUUGGCAGUGUGUUAUUUGCCAAUGUAUGUUUGACAAUAUUAUUGAACUCAAUAAUCACAUGUCGAAUCAUGAAUUGCAAGCUGGUGUGCCAUUGGCUGUACCAAUCAAAACUGAGACUGAUACUACUAUUAAAACAGAGGAUAUGCCUGAAUGUGUAGUGGAAUUGGACUAUAUGGAUCAAGACGUCAUUAUAGAAAAGGCUAUUGAAAAUAAUAUUCAUAACAAUAGUCAGGACAUCAGAGUAUUAAUAGAUGAUUGCAAUGAUGAUGAUAUGCAAUACAAUAUUGAAGAAAAACCAAAUGUCAGUUAUAUAAUGGAGAAUUUUCAUGGUAUUUAAAAUAUUUUGCAUUCUCAAUCACUCCGCUAGAGACAAAUAGAUUAUUAAUUUUUUUUUUUUAUCCAUUAGUAUAUACAAAUAAACGUACAUAAUAUAGAUAGAUUAUGUUAAUUGUGUUAUUAAACAGAACCCCUUAUGUCAAUCAUGUUUAAGAAACUGGUUUAUAAAACAUGUAAAUUGAAUUAAUUUAAAUACUUAUGUGACUGUUUCUUUGUGGAUAUACAUUUAUACACAUGUACCCAUAUGUAGUAUAUCUAUAUAAAAAUGAUAUCCCUAAGCUUGGUAAAAUAAAAAACAUUGUAUGCUAUAACUUAUAAAUGAAAGUUUCAAAAU